GGCCGGCAUAGGUGAGGCAGGCCCGGUCCGGGAGGUGCGGGGCGGGGCGCGCGGCCGCAUGGAGGGUCCGGGGCUCUCUGCCGCCUGGGCUCUCCUUCUGUGGCCCCUCGGUCUAGAGACCCGAGGGUGGACGGUACCUGGAAUAUUAACCAAAGGGGAGAUUUGCACUUGGAUACUGAAAACAACACAGCAAUGGGGCCACGAAAGAAAAGUGUUAAAACAUGUCUCACGAAUAGUGAAAUCUCAGAGGAAGCAGUAUCAGAUGAAACAAAGGACUAUAUGAACCAACUUUCACAUGAAGUACUUUGCCAUAUUUUCAGGUACCUCCCCCUGCAGGAUAUCAUGUGCAUGGAAUGUCUUUCCCGGAAGCUGAAGGAAGCUGUGACCCUGUAUCUCAGAGUCGUGAGGGUUGUGGAUCUCUGUGCUGGGCGAUGGUGGGAAUAUAUGCCAAGUGGCUUCACAGACUCCAGUUUUCUAACACUUUUAAAGAAGAUGCCAGAUGUUGAGCAGCUAUAUGGUCUUCACCCUCGAUACCUUGAAAGGCGAAGAGUAAGGGGCCAUGAGGCUUUUAGCAUUCCAGGGGUCCUAGAGGCUUUGCAAGCAUGUCCAAACUUAGUGGGUGUAGAAACAUCUCAUUUGGAGUUGGUAGAAUCUAUCUGGACAUACAUGCCACAUGUUCAUAUAUUGGGGAAAUUUCGUAACCGGAAUGGAGCAUUUCCAAUUCCUCCUGAAAAUAAGCUAAAAAUUCCUAUAGGAGCUAAAAUUCAGACUUUGCAUUUAGUUGGAGUGAAUGUUCCUGAAAUUCCAUGUAUCCCAAUGCUAAGGCACCUAUAUAUGAAGUGGGUAAGACUCACUAAACCACAACCAUUUAAAGACUUUCUUUGCAUCAGCUUAAGAACUUUUGUCAUGAGGAACUGUGCAGGACCCACGAAUUCUUUGAAAUACGUCCCCUUAGUAACAGGCUUAGCCUCUGCUCGAAACUUGGAGCACUUAGAAAUGGUUCGAGUUCCUUUCCUCGGUGGUCUUAUUCAACAUGUGGUUGAAGACAGUUGGAGAUCAGGUGGUUUUAGGAAUUUGCACACCAUUGUUCUAGGAGCUUGUAAAAAUGCUCUUGAAGUGGAUCUUGGUUACCUCAUCAUCACUGCUGCCCGUAGGUUACAUGAAGUUCGCAUUCAACCUUCUCUAACCAAAGAUGGUGUCUUUUCUGCUCUUAAGAUGGCAGAGUUGGAGUUUCCUCAGUUUGAAACCCUCCAUCUGGGAUAUGUAGAUGAGUUUUUGCUGCAGAGCAGAAUGGCUAAUGCAGAUUUGGUGAAAUACGGUUUGGCUGAUGUAGUGGAAAAUCCUGGUAUCAUCACUGACAUAGGAAUGAAGGCAGUCAAUGAAGUUUUUUCCUGUAUCAAAUAUCUGGCAAUUUAUAAUUGCCCUCAUCUACAUAACCCAUACAAUUGGAUCUCAGACCAUUCACGGUGGACUCGACUGGUUGAUAUCAAUCUUGUGCGGUGCCAUGCUUUGAAGCUGGACUCUUUUGGACAGUUUAUUGAAUUGUUGCCCAGCCUGGAGUUUAUUUCACUGGACCAGAUGUUUCGUGAGCCUCCGAAGGGCUGUGCUCGAGUUGGUCUCAGUGCAGGCACAGGAAUUGGGGUUUCCUCAGCCCUGGUUAGCAACCAGAACUCCAACAAUGACAAUGAUAAUAAUGCCCAGAAUAAUAAUGCCAACAUCCACGACAACAAUCACCAUCACCAAGAUGACUCUGAUGAGGAAAAUGACUUUCGGCAAGACCUUCAGCCAGGAGAGCAACAGUUUGCAGCCGAUGCAUUGAAUGAGAUGGAAGACAUGGUGCAAGAAGAUGGGGAGGUGGUAGCUGAGAGUGGAGGUGAUAUGCCAGCUCACAGACAGGCCACACUUCCUGUGGAUAUUGAUGAGGAACAAGCAGGACCUAGUGGUCUUCAGCAGGUGGUCAAACCAACCCCAAUUACUGUUCACGAUUCAGAGAGUGAUGAUGAAGAGGACAGUCUAGAACUCCAAGAAGUCUGGAUUCCUAAGAAUGGUGCUCGGCGUUACUCUGAAAGGGAAGAAAAAACUGGAGAAUCGGUGCAGUCCAGGGAAUUGGCUGCAGUAAGUGGAAAAGGCAAGACUCCACUUCGAAAGAGAUACAACUCCCAUCAGAUGGGCCAGUUGAAGCAGUCUCCCCUCGAGGAAAGCAGCUGUGAGAAAGGCUGUCAGGUCACCAGUGAGCAGAUCAAAGCCGAUAUGAAAGCAGCUAGGGAUAUUCCUGAAAAGAAAAAAAACAAGGAUGUUUAUCCCAGCUGCAGCAACACCUCCACCAACACAAUGGGAAACUCCAGCUCACACAGCACUACUUCUCAGAGCCCCGACUUUGUAAGGACGGUGACCAACGGCGGCUCUUCCGAGCCUAGCCCUACAGAAGCGGAUGUGUCCAAGCAGUGUGUCUGCUCCCCUGGAGGGUCAGAGGACUCUGAGGCCAUGGAGGAGGGAGACGCAGACAGUUCUGUCUGCCCCAGAUGCUGCGGUCACAGGCCCCAGGAAUCCCAAAGGAGAACUGGCAGGUGUUCUGAUGAGGAACGUCCUUCAACCAGCCGAGCCUGUGUUGUGAAUGGCCCGGAUGGUACGAGAUCCGCCUUUUCCUUUAGGACUGUGCCACAAGGGGGGUCUUCAGGCCCAGCACAUGAUGAGAGAACUAAUGGGAGUGGCUCUGGGGCUACAGGUGAGGACAGGAUGGGGAGCUCCCAGCCUGAGAGUUGUGACGUGCAGUCUCAUGAAGACUAUCCUCGGAGGCCCCUAACCAGGGCCAGGAGCAGACUGUCCCAUGUACCGCUGGUAUCUGAGUCAGAAGUUGCCAAAUCAAAGCCACGUCAUGCCAUGAAACGGAAACGAACGGCCGAUAAGUCCACCAGCACCAGUGACCCUGUGAUCGAGGAUGACCAUGUACAGGUUCUUGUAUUAAAGUCCAAAAAUCUUGUUGGAGUCACUAUGACCAAUUGUGGCAUUACAGAUCUAGUGCUGAAAGACUGCCCCAAGAUGAUGUUCAUCCAUGCUACCAGAUGCAGGGUGCUAAAACAUUUAAAGGUAGAAAAUGCACCAAUUGUAAACCGAUUUGACUAUGCACAAUGCAAGAAGUUAAAUAUGGAUCAGGUACUAGACCAGAUACUAAGGAUGCCACCUGAGAGAAACCGGAUCAUAUACCUACGCCCGAUGCAGCAGGUAGACACACUGACUUUGGAGCAGAAGCUAUUUAGUGGCCCCUACCCAUACCACAUCUGCAUCAUCCAUGAAUUCAGUAACCCUCCCAACGUGCGGAACAAGGUGCGCAUUCGCAGCUGGAUGGACACAAUAGCAAACAUCAACCAAGAACUCAUUAAGUAUGAGUUCUUCCCUGAAGCUACUCGAAAUGAAGAAGACUUAAAGAAGUACCCAAAAUACCCCUGGGGAAGAGAAAUCUAUACUUUAGAGGGUGUUGUGGAUGGAGCUCCAUAUUCCAUGAUUUCUGACUUUCCGUGGCUGAGGUCACUGCGGGCAGCAGAACCCAACAGCUUUGCCAGAUAUGAUUUUGAAGAUGAUGAAGAAAGUACCAUCUAUGCUCCUCGAAGGAAAGGACAACUGUCUGCAGACAUCUGUAUGGAAACGAUAGGAGAGGAGAUCUCGGAAAUGCGCCAGAUGAAGAAGGGCGUGUUUCAGCGAGUCGUGGCAAUCUUUAUCCACUACUGUGAUGUGAAUGGAGAGCCAGUUGAAGAUGACUACAUUUGACUGGCCCAUCUUCCUUUCCAGGUUUUCUGGCAAAAGGCAGCUGGGACCAUCCAGCUUCCAGAAGGCUUCACAGGAACUUUGGGCUUGGUAUUGGGAGGCCCUGGCUCAGUUUGGUAUAUAGGAAAUACAUAAGGAACAUUGGGAUUGUAUACAAAGUUUUGUAUAGAGAGGAACUAUUACAAAGACACUUCCCUAAAGAACCAACUUUAUAUCAUAUGUUUAUACAUCUUAAUUUAAAAAUUCAUUUUAAUGAAGGCAGAUUAUUUGAUUCAUUUGUUUGAUUUUCCUGACUUAGGCCUUAGUGUCGUUCUGACUGAGCCUCCAUUUAGUGUAGCCCUAAUCACCAUCUCCCCAUGAAUCUGUGCCUUUUCCUUCUCGACAAAGCAGUUUGAGUAAAUCUGUUCCAGAGUGUUUGUGUCUUACGUGCUUUCUGUUAUUAAUAUACCAACUAAACCCUUAGAGAAGAGGAUAUGUUUCUGUACUAAAUAUGGUUCCUUUUUUCCUUAGUAUUAUAGUUGCCAUAUAUCUUUAAAUGAAAAGACUCAUGAACUUUAAAAAAUGAAUUUGAAGGGGAAAUAGAAAAGUUUCCAAAGCAUUUCUAGUUAUUUAUUUCCACAUUCAACUGUG